AUGUCGGACGGGCUGGAUGAGGAAUUUCAAGCAGCCCAACACCGAAGCAACGGCAUCCGAGAGCGCAUCAGGCAAAGAAGCUCGCGGAUCUUAUCCUUACUGGGUCUUCGUGGUCCUAGCGGCGGUAGGGCUAUGGCUGUCCUAAAAACCAUAUACCCUGCUGAUUGGGACCUAGUGCUGAAGGCAGUGACAACUCGAGAGACCGCCGUCCCCCGGCAGCGCUCGAGCGAAAGCAAUCCGUCGCAGUCAUUCCAUUCCUUUCGAACCGAAAACAGGGUCACCUCUAACAGUACGGCUCUCGAGCCAGAUAAAGGACAUACCGGCCCUCUGUCGACCUGCAUCACCCAUAGCAGCUUGAGGGUUGAGGCAUCACAGGAAUCAGAGGCUACCUCUAAGUCGCGAAGGUCCUAUACUCGUGAACGACAGAGCAAGCCGGCAGCAGGGGUGAAAAGGAGCCAGUCCACGCCGGCAGCACUCACCAGCCUUGUUUCCACCAAGCUGUCCACGACAUUCGGCAAUCCAACUGUCAUUCGUCGCUCGCACCUUCGUUCGCCGCCCAAUAUUCAGGCUGUUCAAUUCCCGGUCCACUUGCACGGUUCUUCCGACAAGCAAGGCGAGAGUGCCAACGACAGCUCGGAUCCCUCAACAUCGCCAGGAGACAGCGGGUCUCCGUUAAGCACACAGUCGACCCCUCCCACAUCGGAAGAUCCCUCUAUAAGUUCGAAGCAGGCUCUUGGCAGUUCAGUCAAAACCGAAAAGGAUGUGUCUUUCCUGACCCAAGAGGCCGGAGAACAUUGCGUAUCGACUGAGGUGUCAUCAGUAACAUCGCCCUCCGUUAUCACAGUGGAGGCCGCUACCAAUGCCAAAGUCUUCUUCGAGACGUAUUUUAACACGGUUUUCUGCGGUGCAGAUCCCCGCUCCCAGCGUCGGCAGGAGCUUGAGCAGUAUAUGUAUGGAUUACCGCUGAGUUCCGAAGAGAGAGCCCGGAUAUGGGAUAACUGGAUCACUCAAGAGAGGCACUAUCUGCGGCAAUGCCGAGUUCUCAAGAGUCGAUCUCAUGGCGGUGGUACUCAUCAUGAGACCGUGUCUCUUGCUGGAUUUGAAGUGAUCAAGGUGCUAGGUAGGGGAAGUUUCGGGGUCGUGCGCCUAGUCAAGGAAAAGAGGGGAGGCGAAAAUGAUUAUGAUGGCUGCUCCGAAGACAAGCUCUUACGCUGGAAAAAUGAGGCCACCAAUGCAAAGGCGCAUGCGCUGGAUUCUCUGCGGUCUGCUAUAGACGGGACGAAGAGCAGCCGUCGGAAGAUAAUGACCGGCGUGAAGAAGGAUGUCUUCGCCAUGAAAGUCAUUCGCAAGUCGGCGAUGAUUCGCAACAGUCAGGAAGGCCAUUUGCGGGCUGAGAGAGACUUUCUGGUUGCGUCGGCCAAAUCUCGUUGGAUUGUGCCCCUGAUCGCAAGCUUCCAAGAUAGUAACCACCUCUAUCUUAUUAUGGAUUAUAUGGUGGGUGGUGAUUUUCUAGGCUUGCUGAUGCGUCGAAAUAUCCUACCCGAGACGGUCGCAAGAUGGUACAUCGCUGAGAUGAUUCUCUGCGUCGAAGAGGCUCAUCGACUAUGUUGGAUCCAUCGCGACGUCAAGCCAGACAACUUCCUCAUCUCGGCCUCUGGCCACUUGAAGAUAUCCGACUUUGGCCUGGCCUUCGAUGGACACUGGGCACACGACCAAGUCUAUUAUAAUGACCACCGUUAUUCCCUCCUUAAGCGGCUAGGGAUCCAAGUUGAUGGCGAUGCCCUGGACCAGAAAGAGGCAAAAAGGGCGGCAGAGGAGUCAGCCGACAGCGACAAGGUUAAUCAGACCAGCUGGACGCCACCCGCAGUUGGUCUUCUUGGAUGGCGUGACCGGACACAGAAACGGCGAUUGGCAGGAAGUGUCGUUGGCACCAACCAAUACAUGGCCCCGGAGGUGGUUCGCGGCGAGCUGUAUGACGGGCGAUGCGACUGGUGGAGUGUGGGCAUUAUCCUGUACGAACAAUUCCAGUGCCUCUAUGGAUUCACCCCUUUUGCAUCGGAUGAUCGGCAGAAAACGAAGUUGAAGAUCCAUGAGAAGGAACACCGUUUGUCCUCCAGCAAAUAUCGAGUAAACGACUCCAUCACCUUUCGGUUAGCGUCCAAGCACCCCUUCUACAACAUGGACCCUCGCAAUAGGAAUUACCGCGGGUUCUACGUCUACCCCAACGAUGCGACAGACAUCAAGAAUCAUUCGUUCUUUCGCUGUAUCAACUGGAGCGAGAUCCACCAAUCAAUGCCCCCUUUUGUCCCCAAAGUCAAGAGCUGGGAGGAUACCCGGUACUUUGAUGACGCUGGAUACGACCACGACCCCGAGGAUUUCUCUGCAGCCUCAGAUGCAGACCCCCUUGAGGAACACAGCGAGGCAGAAGAGCGAGGAGAGCGUGAACGAGAGAAGGGCGAUCCACCCCGAUAUCAGGAUAUCAAUCAUGUGCUAAGUCCCGGAAGCAAACCCCUUGUGAAAAACCGUCGAAAAGGGAAGGACAAGAAGCGUCCGCGAGAUAAACUGCUACGGGACCGGAAAGUGAGGAUGACCGUGUUGGAGAUGCGCAAAAAGGGGGCAUUUCUGGGAUACACCUAUCGUCGGCCCCAGGCGGUUGCGAUGGCCCUGGCUCCGGACCGGGGGCGAGCGCUGCUGGGGCGAGGACACCUGUCGGAUUUAUAUGGAUAG